AUGUGUUAUGGAAGAAAAGACCCUUGUGAUAAUUCUGCAGGAUAUAAUGUUGCAAUAAUCGUUGUUGAUGGGUUGAACGAUCCCGUGAUUGCAGCUAUUUCAGUCAAGUGUUUAAGGCCAAAGUUGCUGUCAUUAGCGUGUGGUGUCCUUGUUCUUCCAGUUGCUGUCUUGACCACAAACCCGUGGCAUCAAGGUGAAUCCUUCCUCAACCGCCAACUUCAACCAGAAGAAGCCACGAGAAACUGGGUUCUGUUUUCCGAUAUCAACAGUCCUGACUUGACCAACAUUUGGUUCAAUUAUCACACUAUGAAAGUUGCACCCAACAUAAGAUACAUGAGAUGGUACUUGCAACAUGAAGCAAAGUCAACUGAAGGUUAUUUCAGGCUCACUCAAUUUUCUCAUCCUGGACUCCCUGUGGCCCUUUAUUGGCUCCUUUUUAGACCUACUGUGUGUGGAGCUCCAGGAGCUUUCAUUCCUCUUCCUCGUAAAGAGGAUAAACCAAAGCCAGGUCCAGAUAGGAAGAAGAGGGAUUCACCUCAACUAGCUGGUAAACAGAACAACAACCGGUCAGUUAAAUGUCUUUUUUUGUUCAUAUAG